CAUGAGGCUGUCACUGUUGCUGCUUUUGGGAGCCUGGGCUGUCCCAGAGGGGCUCGGGGAUAGGGCCUUCCUCUCUGCCUCUGCUCCACAUCUGGAUGAGGAGGAAAAAUACUCGGCCCACAUGCCUGCUCACCUGCGCUGUGAUGCCUGCAAGGCCGUAGCCUACCAGAUGUGGCAACAUUUGGCAAAGGCAGAGGCCAAGCUUCAGACCCCAGACUCCAGGGGGCCACAGGAGCUCAGUGAGUCAGAAUACAUGGAUGUGCUGGACCGAAGCUGCUCCCAGACUUGGCAGGACUAUGGGGUCCAAGAAGUAAACCAAAUGAAACGACUCAUAGGCCCAGGGCUUAGCAAUGGACCAGAGCCAAGCAUCAGAGUGAUGGUCACAGGAGGCCCCUGGCCCAACAGGCUCUCCAGAACGUGCUUGCAGUACCUGGGAGACUUUGGGGAAGACGAGAUCUAUGAAGCCCACCAGCAAGGCCGAGAAGCUGUGGAGGCAUUGCUGUGUGGGGGCGCCCAGGGAUCUUGCUCGACAGAGGCACCAGUCACCAGGGAAGAGCUCUAGUCCACAACUCCUCCUGGCGCUGAAGGGCAGCUGGACCUCCCCUGAAUCUUUUCAGCGGGAGUUGAGGGGUGGGGGGAAGCUGGUUUAGAGCUGUCUCCUUUGUCCCUCCUCCACCCAGGGCACUGGAGCCGGGGAGGGACAAGACUUUCCUCUUUGGAUUCAAAUAAAACCCGGUGACUUGA